AUGUUGACUGCGGUACUAUUCUUCGCAGCGCACAAGGAUGAGUGUGGGCGUACGGCUGACGACGAUCCGAAGGGCUUUUCCCGGGAUAGAAACAGAGGGAGUACGGCGGGUGGGGAUCUACUGAAGGUUGCAUUGUGUCGGAAAGCACGUGUGAGUGGUCGUGAUGAUGGUCUGAGCGCAAAAGUGGACUCGGAUGAUGAAUAUAUGCCAGCUUUUCCUAACCUCUCCGGAAGAUCCGAUGGGAUGCGGGAGACGGGAGACAAGGCUCGGUCUCGGAUUGUCGUGAGAAGAAGGAUGCAACCAGGAAGAACCAUAGUGGGCGGGAGUCCGUUGAAGAAUGCUGUCGAGAAGGACAUUGCACGGCGCCCUGUCGAAGUGGAAAGGACGGGUAUGUGUUCGUACGUGGUGAAAGUUUUGAGGCGGCGCACGAAGGAACUGAUCGAGGUUGGUGUGGUUAACGGGACGCGGAAGCAGGAUCUUGUUGGGAAGGCGAGCCAGGUGGGGCACCCGCUCGUGGCGACGAUCAGAGGCAGCGCACACAGCGGUCGGGAAAGGCAUGUGCCUUUUGUUUUCGUCGUAUUCGCGCUAGGCGGGAGGCGAAGGUCGGUGUCGAAGAAAGCGACGAACGCGAACAAGGUCACGUUCGGCUCGCGCAUCCGCAUGCGAAUCAGAGGUAAUCGUCAAGGGAGAGAGGCGCACGCGUUUCCUUUGGUGGGGUCGGGGGGUGAUCGACUUCCGUCGGCGUUGAGUCGUUUUCUGGCUCAAAGCGAGCGCAAGGCAGGUGUUUUCAUUGGUGCCUUCGUAGCGAGCGUACGGGAAUUCUUCAGUUACGUCGUGUCCUUCAAAUCGUGCUGUGUUCAGGCAAGCGUAAGUCUUCUGUUGCAGAAUGUAGACGGACAAGUCCUCUCCAAUACGCCUGGCGGGUACGGCGUACAGCUGCGUCGCGUCGUUGCUACGCCCAUCGCCUUGCCGUCAAGCUCGGAGCGCGCUCCUGUCAGGUUCGGAGAAGCGGGGCUCUUGGCUGGAAUAGAGGUCAUGGGCUACGACCAUCAUGUGAGCACUGUUUCGGUUCGCCCUCCUGUUCGUGAAGAUCCAAGAAGCGUAGCGCGAUCCCCGGGCACGAUUCUUCUCAAAGACCCGUGGGCAGGCAUCUGA